AUGGCUCGAUUAUUGAUCCUUCUUGCAGUUUGUAUCUCUCUGUGCAGUGUAGCAGCGGACAACUAUCACACAGCAGGAGUAAAAAGGGUUGUGUGUAAUGAGACAGACCUUAAUGUGAACUGCACAGGCAGCAGAUGGAAGAUAUCCUAUCUAGGCACUGAUGAAGAAAUAGAAAUAGACGAAACCAGCGAGUGUGUGUACAUAACAGGAGCAGUGCAGACUGCAUUCCCAACAAUAUACAGAGAUAAGAGUAUUGUAUAUCCAGCCGGAUACAGAAUAAUUCUGCACUCAGAUACAGUCUACAACGGCGUGCCAGAAAAGAUCAUCGCUAUGUGUGGGGCAAUAGUCUUAACUACUAUCACAGCUUUCUUGGCAUUUCCAAAGCUAGAAGGCUUCUUUAGAAGAGAAGAAAAAAUACGCAAAGAAUAA